GCUGGUGGCGCCACUCGCUUCCUUUCUGUCGUUCAUUUGCAAAGACGAAGGUCUUGUUGACUUAAAAUAUAAUAAAAAAUGGGUUUCCAAAAUAUCUGGUACUCUCAUCCCCGUAAAUACGGACAAGGAUCCAGAUCUUGCCGAUCAUGCUCAAACAGGCAUGGUUUGAUUCGCAAAUACGGGCUUAACCUUUGCCGUCAAUGCUUCAGAGAAUACGCUGGAGAUAUUGGUUUCAAGAAGCUCGAUUAAAUUUUAUUUGAUGGUUUGCUGGGCUGCAGUAACUAAAUGAUUUUUUAUAUAGUAACUUUAAGUUUAAGGCAUAUUGUUUCACAGUAAACUAUUUAAAUAAAAGACA